CUCUCUUUGGCGUGGUUUCCCCCGUCAAGCGUCUCUGAUGCCAGAGCAAGGCCCCAGAAUGAACGGUUUCUCUCUGGGCGAGCUAUGCUGGCUCUUCUGCUGCCCGCCAUGCCCCAGCCGCAUAGCCGCCAAGCUGGCUUUUCUGCCCCCGGAGCCCACGUACACUGUGAUGCAACCAGAGCAGCAGGAGGCCGCGACUGCUGCCGGGACGCCGACGGGGAGUUGCAGCCUGCACUUGACUGAGCGGGCAGACUGGCAGUAUUCCCAAAGGGAGCUGGAUGCUGUGGAGGUCUUCUUCUCGCGCACAACCCGGGAUAACAGACUGGGGUGCAUGUUUGUGCGCUGCGCUCCUUCCAGCCGGUAUACGCUGCUUUUCUCCCAUGGCAACGCUGUGGAUCUGGGCCAGAUGUGUAGCUUCUACAUUGGCUUAGGCUCUCGCAUCAACUGCAACGUUUUCUCCUAUGACUACUCUGGUUAUGGAGUGAGCACUGGUAAACCAUCUGAAAAGAACCUUUACGCAGACAUCGAUGCAGCUUGGCAGGCCCUCCGAACAAGAUACGGCGUCAGUCCUGAGAACAUAAUUCUGUAUGGACAGAGUAUCGGGACUGUUCCCACCGUGGACCUGGCAUCCCGCUACGAGUGCGCAGCUGUGAUCCUUCAUUCGCCGUUGAUGUCUGGCUUACGGGUAGCUUUUCCGGACACUAGGAAAACAUACUGCUUCGAUGCGUUCCCCAGCAUCGACAAGAUUUCCAAAGUGACUUCUCCCGUGCUGGUGAUUCACGGUACCGAAGAUGAAGUCAUAGAUUUCUCACACGGCCUGGCGAUGUAUGAGCGGUGUCCCCGGGCGGUGGAACCCCUCUGGGUGGAAGGAGCCGGGCACAACGACAUAGAGCUUUACGCACAGUACCUGGAGCGGCUAAAACAAUUCAUAUCUCAUGAACUGCCCAAUUCCUGAAGAAUCCUACUUGAUCUUUCUUUCUCUUUUCCUUUUCUU